CGUUUGUCUAUUGCAGCAGUCUUCAAUAUCUUUUAUAUUGUACAUGUGGAAUAGAAAUUAACUCCAGAAUAUGAUGUUUUUCGAUAUAGUGUUGUUCUUGCAGCGAACCAAUGAUGCGUAUGAAUAUUUCAACCCUAAAAUAAAACAGCCAUAUCUUCUCCCUAUAAAAAAUGUUUAUCCGAUAAAUAUUCGGGAUGGGGUCAAUUUUUCCGGACACUCGCACGCAUGAUGAAUGUCCAAUAAAUGUC